UCCGAUCACUAUAUCUUAUUGACAUGUCAGCAAACGCAAUGCUCGUCGUAGCGUUGAAGAAAGUAGAAAAUAUGUAAUCAUUUCUAUAUUUGCUUUUUUUUUUUCAAAGUAAAAUAAAAAUGAUUGUUGCCAGUACAUUAUUACAUUUUAAAUUUUGAGCAUCUACAUCAAAGUAGUUACAUAAUUAAUAAGUAUGAACGCAAUCAUCUAAGUAUAUCGUUGUACAUUAUUUCAAGAAAUAAAUAUUACAAUGGAAAAGUCAAAUGGUGACUUAGUAGAGAAGCCAAAAAAUAAAAAACAAAUCAAGAAGAAAGUUAGAGUUUCAAGUUCUGAAAAACAGGGGAAAAAAAUUGAGAAUAUUUCUGAAAAUGAUGAAACAUAUGAACAAAAACCUGAUUUAUUUAAUAACUUUAAAAUAAGUAUUGAAAUAAAUGUACUGGCAGUAAUACUUUUUGCAUCAGCUUUAUCGUCCAGGUUUUUCAAAUUAGAUCAACCACGAAAUGUUGUAUUUGAUGAACUCCAUCAUGGAAAAUAUAUUAGUCUUUAUAUGAAACGAACCUUUUUCUUUGAUACACAUCCACCUCUUGGAAAACAACUUAUAGCAGCAGUUGCAUACUUAUGUAACUAUGAUGGUCAAUUUAAAUUUGAAAGAAUCGGAAGUGAAUUUACUGAUGGAGUUCCUUUAUUUGGAUUACGUUUUGUGCCAGCAUUAUGUGGUAGUUUAAUUAUUCCUGUUGCAUACCAAUUAAUGUUAGAACUUGGCUGUCGAAAUUGGUGUGCAGCUCUUGCUGCAUUUUUACUUCUCUGUGAAAAUACACUUUUGACACAAUCUCGCUUCAUUUUGAUGGAAUCAAUACUAAUAUUUUUUACAUUAUGUGGGUUAUUAUUUGUAUUGAAAUAUAAAAGACUGAAUAUGAAAUCACCAAGCGCAUUGAUCUACUUAAUUAUUGCAUCUGUUUGUUUAACUAUGGCUACAUGUGUAAAAUAUGUUGGUCUACUGUCAUGGCUUUUGAGUUUAUGGAUAAUUUGUCGAGACUUCUGGGUCAAUCAUUUAGGUGACAAACGCCUAUCAGAUUUUACCAUUUUUUUAUGUGCAGUAUUACGACUUAUUAUUACAUUUACGAUAUCUAUUUCUAUUUACUUUUCUAUCUUUUUUGUCCAUUUGAUAAUUUUAAAUAAAGCUGGACCUCAUGAUAGUGUCAUGACAAGUGCUUUUCAAGCUAGUUUAGAGGGUGGACUAGCAUCUAUUACAAAAGGUCAACCUUUGCUUGUUUCACAUGGAUCGCAAAUAACAUUAAGACAUACACAUGGCAGGACAUGUUGGCUUCACUCACAUACUCAUGUAUACCCAAUCAAAUAUGCAGAUAAACGAGGAAGUUCUCAUCAGCAACAAGUUACUUGCUACACAUUUAAGGAUGUAAAUAAUUGGUGGAUAGUUAAACGACCAGAUAGAAAUACUCUUGCAGUAGAAAAUACAAAAGAUCCUGAUAGUAUAAAACAUGGUGAUAUUAUUCAGCUAGUGCAUGGAAUGACUAGUCGUGCUUUAAAUUCUCAUGAUGUCGCAGCACCUGUAUCUCCACAAAAUCAAGAAGUAUCCUGUUAUAUAGAUUAUAAUGUGUCUAUGCCUGCCCAGAACCUAUGGAAAGUUGAAAUAAUUAAUCGAGACCAAUUUGGUGAUGUUUGGCAGGCUAUAAAUUCACAAGUAAUACUAGUUCAUUUCAACUCAACACAAGCAUUGAAAUUUAGUGGUAGACAAUUGCCUGAUUGGGGAUUUAAUCAACAUGAAGUAGUUACAGACAAAAUAAUAUCUCAAGACGAUACAGUAUGGAACGUUGAAGAACAUCGCUAUACCAAAAGUGAAAACGAAAAAGAGAGAGAACGUGAACUUGUUGCUGCUGAAAUGAUACCAUCCAAAGGAACAAAACUUGGGCUCUGGGAAAGAUUUUGGGAAUUACAGUAUAAAAUUAUAUUUUCUUCUCCAAACACUCAAAAUGUCCACUCCCACAUGUACAGCAGUGAUCCCCUUGAUUGGCCUUUAAUGGUCCGAGGAGUAGCAUAUUGGUUAAGUGAACAUGAUAAUGGACAAAUUCAUUUACUGGGGAAUAUUGUUGUUUGGUACUCAUCAACAUUUUGUAUUAUAUUAUACCUAGCAUUUUUUGUUUUUUAUUUACUACGACAAAGAAGAAAAAUUUAUGAUUUAUCUUUUGAUGAAUGGGAACAAUUCAAAACAAUUGGAGAAGUAUUAGUUGUUGGCUAUGGUUUACAUUAUAUUCCAUACUUUUUUAUUGAUCGUACAUUAUUUUUACAUCAUUACUUACCAGCACUUGUUUUUAAGAUAUUGCUAUGUGCUGCCUUAAUACAACAUGUCGCAAAUAUUGUUAAGACAAAAUUAAUGCUCAGAUUUAUAUUUCAUUUAAGUCUUUGUAUCUGGAUUUUAAGUGUUAUGUAUGUAUUUAAAAGGUUCAUUGUCUUUAGUUAUGGAACGACUCCUCUUACAUCUAAAGAAGUUUUCAAACUUCGUUGGAAAGAUACUUGGGAUUUUAUUAUUCAUAAAUCAUAA